GGCCCCGCCCCGCGAUGGCGCCUGAGGACCACGAGGGGGCCACGUCUCUGCUGCAGAGUUUCGAGCGCCGCUUCCUGGCGGCUCGCGCGCUGCCCUCCUUUCCCUGGCAGAGCCUAGAAGAAAAACUAAGGGAGCCCUCCGGUUCUGCGCUAUUGCUGGCUAUUCUACAGAAGACUGUGAAGCAUCCUGUGUGUGUACAGCAUGGGCCCUCUGUGAAGUACGCCCGCUGCUUUCUCUCGAAGCUCAUCCAAAAGCAUGAGGCUGUCCCCACGGAGCCUUUGGAUGCACUGUACGAGGCGCUGGCAGAGGUUCUGAUGGCCAAAGAGUCCACCCAGUGCCACCGGAGCUAUUUGCUGCCUUCAGGAGACUCAGUCACACUCUCUGAAAGCACAGCCAUCGUGUCCCAUGGCACCACAGGCUUGGUUACAUGGGACGCUGCUCUCUACCUGGCAGAGUGGGCCAUCGAGAACCCAGCAGCCUUCACUGACAGGACUGUCCUGGAGCUAGGCAGCGGAGCUGGCCUCACAGGCCUGGCCAUUUGCAAGGCAUGCUACCCCAGAGCAUACAUCUUCAGUGACUGUCAUGCCCAAGUGCUUGAGCAGCUCCGUGGAAACGUUCUCCUCAAUGGCUUCUCCUUAGAGCCGCACACACCCAUUGACACAGGAAGCACAAAGGUGACAGUGGCCCAGCUGGACUGGGACGAGGUGACAGCCUCUCAGCUCUCUGACUUCCAGGCAGACGUUGUCAUUGCAGCAGAUGUGCUAUACUACUGGGAGGUGACACUGUCACUGCUCAGGGUCCUGAAGAUGCUUGCCGACUGCCAGAGGAAGAGCGCUCCUGACGUCUAUGUGGCCUAUACUGUCCGCAGCCAGGACACAGGCAAGCUGUUCACCACAGAGCUGGACCGUGCUGGGAUCUACUGGGAAGAGAUGCCCCCUCACACUGGCAAACUGUUCGCUUACGAAGAACAUUCGGCCAUCGUAAUCCUGAAGCUCAUGCUGACCGGUCGCCAUGGUGUUUGAAGGUGAUUUGAAAAAUGAGAUCACUGUCAUGGGAAAGCUGAAAAAGCUUGUGUUGAGCAGGAAAAUUGAAAAACAAACCACAGAUGUACACAGGCUUUGAGUGCUGGUGCCUGUCCUUGGCAGCUCAUCUGGAGUGGACACAGGCUCGGAGCAGACAUUUCCAUUGUACAAACAAAUAUAUUAGUUUAUUAAGUAUGACUGUCCUGUCAGACAGCUCAGCCAAGCCCAGUGAACACAGGAUAUCCCAGAGCUCACAGCAGAACCAGAACACAAGGAAUGUGAAGAGUCCAGAAACAAAAACCCAGGGACUGAGAAGUUGGCAGGGUCACCAGAAGUAACAAAAGUGCUCAGAAGAGAAGAGGCCUUAGCUGCUGGAUGAAGCAGCUGCCUGAUCAGUCUUUUUCUAGUGUUCGCCCACUGCUGUCCUCAGGCUUCUGACCACUAGGGGGCGCUCAAAAGCCAUGGCAGGAAGGGUGGGCACAGGAUGGAUGGGGUCCUAGUCUCUGGCCUGGAGGUCACUUGUGAGUGAUCAAAGGGAGCACAGUCUGCUGCCAGCUCUCAUCCCAUCGUAGCUGCUCUGACUCCUGGAGUUUCUUCCGGAACUGGCUUAGCUUUCCAGCAGGGUCAGGAAACUUUGAGAAAAGCAUCUAGAGGAAAAGGAAAACUGGAACUUAGCUGUCAGUGACAGGCCAGGUCCUUGCCCAUGUCCAGCAGUGCCCCUCCCCUCACUAGACACUCGAUGGAUCCAUCUACUCACCCACAGCCCUGCCCUGGAGAAUGGCCAGCCUCCUCCUGCUAUCUUCUCCCCCUCCUAUCCUCAACAUACCCUGCAGGUGCAGUUAACAUGGAAGCCUUUAAUGUGUCUAAGGGACCAGAAAACUGCAACCUUCGGGCUGAGUCCUGCCCACCUGGCUUUGUAAAUAAAGUUUUAUUGGAACUCAGA